CGCUGAUAUUUCCACAAGGUCCCUCGAAAGCAGCGACAAGUUUUAAGAGGUCCGCAAUCUUUUAGAUAAAGUCAUUCCCGUAAUUUUCAGGGAUCCUGCCAAUUCCGACGACACCUACGUACCAGUUGGCGUGAACCUCUUGGCAAUUGAGAUUAGAGGCCGACACACAUUCGCUAUCUUCGACGCUUACCACGAUGACUACAAUUUCCUUACCGCCCAUGAGGUGGAGAAAAAUCAGCUCCCUGUAUAUCGCGUGAGGAUCAAGAAGCGCGGUAUACCAUGGGUAGGAAGGGCGCCAAAUUUCGAUGAGAUGAUCAAUGGGAUAGUAUCCGAGCUGCAUAGGUUGAAUGGGUAUGAAGUGGAGCCGCCUUAUAUUCGAGACUACGUGCAUGGGCCAAUCAUGUCUCGUGAUCCAAGGGGUUUGAAGAUGGCAGUUCCAAAAGAGACAGCGAGCAAAGAGGCAGAAGAGGAAGAAGUUCAGACUAAAGUAGCAGAAGUGAAAGAGGAAAAACUGUCGGACGAGGCAGAAGUUGAGGGGAAAGUUGCAGAAGAGAAAGAAGCCGAGGAAAAAGUGUCGGACGAGGCAGAAGUCGAGGGGAAAGUGGUAGAAGAGAAAGAAGUUGAGGAGGGGAGACUGGCAGAAGAGAAAGAAGCCGAUAAAAAAUUGUCAGACGAGGCAGCUUAAAGAGAGUUGCAACACAAAUGGGUUCUAAAGGAGCCAAACGUAGUGUGGUAAAGGAACACGCAGCAAAAUGUGGCACAUUUUAUACCCCUCAAGUUGGCUGGGAAGCAAAGCUGUUACUACUAAAUCACAAGAUUAAUGGCAAGGAUGGUUAACUAACGACAAGAAUUGUGCGCCUGUACUGAAAGUGGCGGAUUGUCACUGAUACGCUCUAUACCCCAUGAGCUCAGCAUGGAGAUAGAGAGGUUUCGGAAC